AUGUUCUUUUCUUCUGUAUCAGCUCUUCUUUUUCGCGUUAAAGCAGCCCAAACUGCUGGUUUUUCUGAUUGUUUGUCUGCCACUGCGUCGAGUGCUGUUGCUGUUGAUCCUGCACGUUGUAGCUUUAUUUUUGAUGCGUGUAUAAAAGAUAAAACAAAAAAUACAAAAAAUACAGUGGAUUCUGCACUAAAAGAAACUUCUAGUUCUUCUGUCAACGCUUCUGCUUUAUUUGUCUAUAUACUUGAUUUAUCUCCUGAUGCUUCUUUUUCUCAGGUGCACCAGUUACUACAUGUUUUAUACGCUUCUUCAGAGAAAAGCAGGUCCUUUUUUUACCCAAAGGCGCCUCAGAUAUUCGUUAUUAUUGCCAAUUGGUGUGGUUAUUCCUUGUUUGAUCAGCCAUACAAGUGGGCUGAUAUUUAUAUUCUUUGUGAAGAUGAUGUACAAUUUGUCCCGGAAAGGCUGCAAACAUGUAUUCAUCUGAUCAGCUGCAAACAGGAUGAUCACGUGACUUCUGCUUUGGGUCACGUGACAGGAGUAGAGCAGGAAGCAAAGGAAAAGGUGCAAAGAUACAAAAAAGUGGCAGUUGGGGGCACAUUUGAUCAUCUCCAUGCGGGACACAAAGUGCUGCUGACGAUGUCGGCAUGGAUCAGUAAUGAGAGGGUGAUGUGUGGAGUAUCAGGUAAGAAGUAUAACACACAGAAUAGUAGGAAAAAAGUAGAAAAUAUGAAUGGAAAGGAGAAAAAAGGAUAUAUUUGUAAAAAUGAUCUGUGUGCUAGUUGUGCAUAUUUAGUGUUGCUAAUAAAAAAAGCGGAAAAAAUGCUAGAGACAAAGAAAUACAAGGAAUGGAUUGAGCCAAUUGAGAAUAGGAUAAAGAAUGUACAAUCCUUUUUUAGCAUUAUAAAUAAAAGACUUGUGUGUUCGGUGAAGCCGAUUUAUGAUGUCUAUGGUGCAACGAUAAUUGAUAAAGACAUUGAAGCAAUUGUAGUAUCAGAAGAGACAAGAAAAGGUGGAGAGAUGGUAAAUGAGGAGCGUGUGCGUAGGAAUAUGAAACCACUAGAUUUAUUUUGUAUUAACGUGAUUCCUGAUAUCGAAGAAAGAUCUGGUUUGAAACUGAGCAGUGUGAGCAUUCGUGAGAAAAUGACGAAAAACAGUAGUUAG